CAGCCUCAAUACCAACAGAAUGUGCAAGCUCAAUAUGAACAUAUGGAAUACACUCCGUCUUAUGACGGCCAAAUAAGUUAUUCAAGUGCUAGCUACCAACUUCCAACACAGCACACUCAAAGUUCAUUGUCCGCCCAGAUACAACCAUCAUAUAACUAUGAACCUCAACAACUUCCUCGUAUCAAUCAACUUUCUCAACAGCUUCUAUAUCCCCAACAAUUUUCCCAACAACAACUUCAACAAAUGUCUCAUCAACAACCAUUAUCGCAACAAUCUCUACCGCAACCAAUAUUGCAACCGUCACCUUCAAAACAAAUAUUGCAACAACCUUUAUCACAAUCGUUAUCGCAACAAUCUCUAUCGCAACCAUUAACUCAACUACCUUUGCCGCAAUCAUUAUCGCAACAACCUCUAUCACGACCAUUAUCGCAACAACUUCUACCACAGCCAUUAUUACAACAAUCGUUAUCGCAAUCAUUCUCGCAACAAUCUCUAUCGCAAUCAUUAUCGCAACCACCUUUACUGCAACCAUUAUCGCAACAACCUCUAUCUCAAUCAUUAUCUCAACAACCUCUAUCUCAAUCAUUAUCUCAACAACCUCUAUCGCAAUCAUUGUCUCAACAACCUCUAUCGCAAUCAUUAUCUCAACAAUCGCAAUCACUAUCACAACCUCCUUUACAACAAUCAUUACCACAAAGAUCCCUACCGCAAUCAUUAUCGCAAAAACCUCCACCGCAAUCAUUAUCACAAAAAACUCUACCGCAAUCGUUAUCGCAAAAACCUCUAUCGCAACAAUCCCCAUUACAACCUUUACUACAUCAGUCUCUAUCGCAAUCGUCAUUAUCACAACAACAGUCGUUACAACAAUUGCCAUCACAACUUCUACCGCAACAACCUCUAUCACAUCAGUCUCUAUCACAUCAAUCAUUAUCAAAACAACAAGCUUCACAGCAACUGCCAUCACAAUCUUUACUACAUCAGCCUCCAUCGCAACAACUGCCAUCACAAAAACCAUCAUCGCAGCAACAAUUGUCACAACAGCCUUUACAAAAACAACCAUUAUUGCAACAAGAAUUAUCACAGCAACCAUUAUCACGGCAAUCUCCACAAAAACAGCCACCACCCUCAGAACUGAUAUCAUCACAGCAACAUUUGUUACAACCAACGAUUUCGACGCCGACUCCUCCCGAAACGCGUACACAUUCUUCUUUAUACCAGUCACAAUUAACCCAACAACAGGUAUCUCCUCAGCAAGAAUCACAGUUACUGCCUUACCAACUUCUUUGGUAUCUGACCGAACAUUACCUGUCCAAAGCCGCAUCAUUACCUACUGGAUCUUUAGCAAAUUUCCCAAAGUUACCACCACAACAUCAGCAACAUAUUUUAGCUGCAAUUAAGUGCCUGGAAGCCGUGAUCGCGAGUAUUACUAGUGGAAAUUCUUAUAUGCCUCUUGUCGAACUAAAGACGCGUUUCAGAUUGAGUCAAAUUCUAUUCUGGUUUACUGAUAACAUUCGGGAGGCAGAAAGUCAUUUGCAGAAGGCUAUUUUGGUUGCACAGAAGCUAGAUAAUGCCACCGAAAUUAAAUUUAAAAUGAUUGAUCUUCAAUGUAAUAUUCUCAAAAGCACAAAUAAUUUGAAGGCUGCACGGAACCUCAUGAAAUCUAGUGUAGUCGAAGCAAUGGAGCGUAAUAUGCCGGACUGGACUUAUCACUUUCUGUUACAACGUGCGGAAUUUCAUUAUGCUGAAGGCGACUUCAAUGGAUGUUUGUCAAUAUUAAAACAAGCAGAAUCGAUGGCCGAGCAAAGGGGAGAUUAUGAAAUGAAGGCGUGUAUUCUAAUAUCAAUAACACAGUACGCGUCUAUAAGCCAAAACUAUUCAAUAGCACAACAUUCCCUCUCCGAACUUUCAUCGGUCUAUUUUCCAUCACCUUCACAAACCUCCCAAACCUGUCCCGUCUUUCCAAUAUCAAACGAUCAUCUUCGUCUAUAUUAUUCGCUCUUAUUCAUCAUCUUCCAUAUGCAUACGGGAAAUGUGAAAAUUGCCAUCGAAAAAUUGACGGAAGUGCAUCGUGCAUUGGAUCAAAAUCAAAAUGGAAAUUCAUUGGAUGACUUAAAGGGUUAUACUAAAAUACAAAUAUCUGCGGCGCCUACUUCGACCACAACAAUGCUGCCGUAUUCUUCAUCAUCAAACUCGGGAACUCGUAGUUUGUCAGUAUUGGUCCGUUGGCUAUCAAAAGCCGAGAUAUAUACCCUCACAUUUUUAAUUUCUGGUAUAUGCAAUCGAGGUGAUACGGCAUCAUCGAGGGCGACUACAUUUUUAACAGAAGGUUUGAGGAUUGUAGAAAAGGAGAUAAAUUCAAACGAUGACAGCCAUCUACCUGUUCACGAUGCCAUAAAAACAAAGCAAUAUUACGUUGUUUUAAAGGCAUAUAUCUUACAACAUCUCGUUGACAACUACAUACUAAAGUCCAAAUUUGUUGAGGCCGAAAUGACGCUUGCUCAAUUGAUGAAGUGGGUAACAGCUUACGACUUGUGGUCCAAAUUCCGGGUAUCCGUGACUCUCGCACUUGGCAUGUUAAACCAAUGUGUGGGAAAACCUAAUGAAGCCGUCGCACACUAUAUGACAGUUGAGAAGAUUUCCGAUAAUAGGGAAAUACGGGUACUGUCCAAAAUUAAUCGUGCCUUGCUAGUGUUUGGACGCACAAACAAUAGUCAAGGACAGUUACAGGAGGAGAUUGACGCGAUUCUUAAAGAAAUUAACCAAGAAAUGAUUCUUCAAUCAAAUAAUGUUGUGGGCCUCAGAUCUGCCUUACAUCUUCUGGAAGCAUUGGCGUGCAGUGAACUGACACGAACGAGAGAACACCUCCAUGAAUCUCUAAAACUUUCAUCAACGCUAUCAAACCAUCAACUUAAAGCCCUGACACUCUCGGUACUAGGCGCAUUAUUCUGUGCGACUCAAAAUGAUCAGGCCGAAAAAACUUUGGCUGCGUCGUAUCUCUUAUCUAAAAAUUCUGAUAAUAAUUUAGGUUGCCUCAUUGCUGGUCGGCUCUUAAAAGAUAUUUACGCAUACCAAGGGAAACAGACUGCUUAUUCGAAGCAAGUUUCGUAUAACGAUCAGCACGAGUUUGCCGUAUGUAAAUCCUUGACCGAUUGGAAUGAGAAGUCUAGAGUGGUGUUAGACAUUGUAAACAAUGAUGUAAGUAAUAACGUAGACAACAAUGAAUCUGCGAAGGGGUCAACGUCCACAAUACAAAGCAACGCCGGCAAGAGUUCUGGUAUAAAGAAAUUUACGACAGAUUCCGGGGAGAUCUCUAGCGGAUACUCGUGA